AUGGCAUCCACAACCAGAAUCUUUCAUCAUUCCUCUUAUGCUGCAAUUUCCCCUACUACGAUCGAAAAUGAUCAGUCUGGCCGAACGAUCCUAAUUAUAGGAGCUUCAUCUGGCAUUGGCUUCGCCAUAGCUAAAGCCUUUAUGCAGGCCAAAGCAGGCCGAGUGAUCCUGACAGGACGUCGGAAGGAGGCGCUUGAAAAAGCGACACAAACCCUGCGAGAUUCAUUUAGGACUUCUGAGAUCGUCCCUAUCGUUUGCAACAUCCGCUCUGAGGACAGCAUUAGGGACCUAUGGCAGCACCUUUCGUUGAACGAAAUGUUCGUUGACGUGCUUGUCAUUAACGCUGCCGAUGCCUCAACUGGUUCUAUAACUCCAGUCAAAGAAUUUCUCCCUCAGCUCCGCACGGUCAUGGAAACCAAUCUCUUCGGACACCUCCUCGCAGUCUCCAGCUUCCUCGACCAGCCGCAGGAUGAACAUGUUGGAAGGCCAAAAGCUAUCGUCAACAUCUCGAGUUUUGCAGCGCAUGCCAAUCCUUCCCCAUUACAGGCCGCAUACAGCGUCAGCAAAGCAUCUCUUGCGCAUACAUUGCAGCUUCUUGCCGACGAAAUGCCCUCGAGUCGAUGCCACAUCAUAAAUGUCCAUCCGGGUGCUGUCCUGACUGAGGCUGCUGAGAAGGCGCCACAAGAAGUGAAGGACGCUGUGGUGUGGGAUGAGCCGGAACUGCCUGCAGCGUUCUCAGUUUGGGCCUCAACCAGGCAGGCACAAUUCUUGCAUGGUCGAUUUGUCUGGGGAAAUUGGGAUGUUGAGGAGCUGGCGGAGCGCAAGGCAGAAUUUGCCGAUCCGGGUUUCCUUAAGCUUGGUUUACAGGGCACGGAGUACGUCGACAGAACGACUAUAUUCGACAAGAUUCGUACAGGAGGUAACCUGGAUGCUGCAUGA